GCCCAGGAACCGAACUUCAACUUGAGCAUCUUCUCUCUUUUUGGUUCUCGACUUCAGCCCACCACAACGAAAGCUUGCUUCAACACCCAUUGGUUGUGUAGCUCCAAACAACUGCCGGUGCUUACCCUCCUUCACAACGAUCGGAAGCCGGCAACAACAGACGAACUGGAAUUGUCCGAGCGUUGAUUGAAUCCUUCUAAACGACGAUUUACGCGAGCUCGGCCACUCAACUUGCUACGGUCAUCAUCAUUUCGAAAGCACGGCAAAGCGACGCGGUCGCUGACGGCGCCUUUGAUUCAUAAACCCACCGGAACGUCGACCGUCUACCGAGACCCUCACGAUCGAGAGAAUCAAACACCAUGAACGCUACCGUUAAGCGCAAGUUCAACUCCCUGCUCCAGGGCAUCGGGAGCCGGCCGACCAACCCAGACUCUCCCUCCUCGACGCGCGACAAUGACUCGCUGAGCUCGACGCCUGCCUCUUCCUCAAGCUCGAGGUUUACAAACAUGGCCAACGAUAGCCUCGACUAUCUCAGUAAGAAGCGCCGUGUCGGCGGGCUGCCCUCCACACCGAGCGCAAUCACGUUAACGACCCCGACGAAAGGGCAAACCACCAUCUCCAACAUCAAUCUCCGAAAAUGGAACUCCCAUGGCGCCGGGAGCAGCCCCGCGCCCGGGGCCAGCGGCGGCGGCAGCGCGAAGGAGCAUAGUCCAGUUACGAAAUUGCAACCACCGAAAUACUGCCCCGGCGACCGCGACCAGCUCGUGCGACGAUUGGCAACUUUCCAAGAACUGACGGACUGGACACCAAAACCCGAUAGGGUCAACGAGAUCGAGUGGGCGAAGCGCGGCUGGGUUUGUCAGGGCAAGGAGCGCAUUAAGUGCACGCUCUGCAACAACGAACUGGCUGUCAAGCUGAAUCGCAAGGAGGUGGAUGGGAAGGAGAUUCCGGUGCUGAUCGCCGCAGACAUUGCUGAGUCGGUGGUGGACCAGUAUGCUGAGCUGAUUAUCACAUCGCACCGGGAGGAUUGCUUGUGGAGGAAGAAGGGGUGUGAUGAUUCCCUUCUACGAUUACCUCUACCCAACCCCAAACUAGCCCUCGAAACCCUUCGCCAGCGAUACGACGAGCUCUGCCAGCGCAAGGAUUUCCUCCCUUACGAGUUCAACCUCCGCCUUCCAGAAGGUCUCGACAUCGACAUCAUCCUCUCGUACCUCCCACCCAACUUCUUUACCGAGCCUCCACCAUCCAGCGCCGCCGCUCCCUCUACAACCUCACAACCCGCCAGUCCCAACCCAUCCACUUCACAACAACCACCAGCGAUCAACCGCACCGCCUUAGCCCUCGCCCUGCUCGGCUGGCAAGGCCUCUCUAACCCUCGUCUCGGCACCGCCGUCCCCAACUCCGCCUCCUGCCACACCUGCCUCCGCCGCCUCGGCCUAUGGAUGUUCAAAUCCAAACAAGUCGACCCAGAGACCAACACGAUCCUGGUCCCCGCACCCAUGGACCACCUCGACCCUCUGCGCGAGCACCGCUUCUUCUGUCCCUGGAAGAACCCGCAAGCGCAACGGAACCCGGGCGCCAAGCCCUUAGCCAGGGGCGAGACGGACAGAGCCGCCUGGGAGGUUCUGGUGGAGGGGUUGAGGAACGAGAGCCGGUUGAGAGAGAAGGGAAGGGAUUUGAUGCAUGGGAGGAGUAAGUCCUCUGGUUCUGGGUUUGGGUUUGGGUUGGGAGGGAAGAAAGGGACGCCGCAUAGGGCGACGGGGAGCGCGAGUGGUUUGUUGGGAGUGCCGAUGACGCCUGAUGCCAGGGGAUUGUCAGGGCAACAGCCGAAUAGUGCGCCGGGUGGUCUUCAUGUUGGUGACCAAGAAGAAGGAGGGGACGAAGAAGAGGGAGACGAAGAUGAUGAUGAGUCGGAGGAGGCGAGGAAGAAGAAGGAUCAGGCUAUGAUGAGCAGGUUGAGGAGGGUUAAGAGCUUGUUCAAUACCAAGGGGAGCAAGUUGAAGAAGUUGGGGGCGUCUCCAUCGCCGUCUCCGGGGCCAGCGGGGGCGGGGGCGGUUAGUGUGCCGAAUAGUCCUCGGCCGGGGACGUCGCAUUCUACGAGGACUACCGGGACUACGGGGACGACUGGGACUACAGGAGGUAGUGCGAAUGCUCUCGCUGAGUGAGGGAAGGGAAGUGGUUAUUCAUCAGCAUCAUCAUCUUUCAGGUUGGCUGGCGGGCGUUGACACGCAUGGAGUUUGGGGAGCAGUGUUAUCGUCCGAAAUUGUAUACUACAGGUGUAUCAAUAGCCUUGGAUUUUAGCGUUAACGAUUUCAUUGUCAACCUCUCCUAAAGACUCAACA